UUCCCUCUUCUUCAUUUCUAAAAGCCUGAGAUUUCUUCGUGAAGAAUUUGGGCAAAGAUUUCCCAAAAAUGGAUCAAAACCAGAGGGCUUCAAGGUCCCACCAGCUGCCCACUGCUAAGGCUGCCAUAGUUGAUCUCUUCAACCUCUAUCUUGGAAGAAGUUCCCGUCAGAGAUCUGACGACCCAUUAAAGGAAACUUCGAACAAGAUGCAGAAGAGAGUGACUGCUCCUGUUGGGGAGCUACCCCCUCGAAAUGAGCAGUUCCUUUUAGAUUUUCAGCAGUUGCAAGCACAGUUUCAAGAUCAAGAGCAACUCCGUUCUGCAACAGAAUCGGUCCUUACAUCCUUUGUUGUUCAAUGUAGCGGCCAUGGACCACAAUCGGAAUUUAUUCUAUUUGCGUUGAGGAGUUUGUUUAGCAUAGGUUAUGUCAAGUGGGAUACUUUCCUUCCUUCACUCCUUUCUAUGGUUUCUUCUGCUGAGUCAUCCGUUGGCCCUGGUAGUCCAACAAUUGCAGGGCCAAUGAUUACAUCUCCAUCAUCUUCAUCUGCUCUUCCAAAUGCUUCAAGUUUCCAAACUUCUAAUCCUACAUCCCCCUUGCCAUCAAUGCAUGGUAUUGGCUCUCCUGCUCAAUCUGUUACUGAUCAAUCUAUUUCCACAACUCUCUCACCAGUUAAGCCAUCUGAUCAUGUUGCCUCACGGGCUAAUCAGUUGGUUAAAGUUACUGCUGUAAGUAGUCUACGCCAGCUAGUGUGCAAGAUUGUUUUAGCUUCAUUCGAAUCCAAUCUUAAACCGGCUACUGCUUUUGAGGUUUUCUCUAAUGUGGUAACUUGGCUGGUAAAUUGGGAUCAAAAGCAGCAGGGCUGUGACGAUGCUGAUACUGUGAGAGUUUGGAAGCCUGAGAGGCCAUUGCAUGAAUGGAUGCAUAUUUGCUUGGAUGUUAUAUGGAGGUUGGUUGAGGAAGAUAAAUACUGCAUUCCCUUCUAUGAGUUGAUUCGUAGUGCGUUGCAGUAUAUGGAUAAUAUUCCUGAUGACGAAGCACUGUUUAGCAUCAUCCUGGAGAUUCAUAGGAGGAGAGAUUUGGUGGCUACUCACAUGCAAAUGUUGGAUCAGCACCUUCACUGCCCUACUUUUGCUACCCAUCGGUUCUUGUCACAAUCCUACCCAAAUAUAUCUGGCGAAUCAAUAACAAAUUUGCGUUAUUCACCCAUAACUUAUCCUAGUGUUUUAGGAGAACCGUUGCAUGGAGAGGAUCUUGCAACAUCUAUCCAGAAAGGGAGCUUAGAUUGGGAGCGGGCUUUACGUUGUCUAAGACAUGCUCUUCGUAGUACUCCAUCUCCUGAGUGGUGGCGGCGUGUCCUUCUUGUUGCUCCUUGCUAUAAACCUCCUCAAGCACCAUACCCUGGUGCUGUUUUCUCUCCUGAAAUGAUUUGUGAGGCUGCUCUUGACAGGACAAUGGAUCUUUUGAAAAUGACAAAUUCAGAAACACAAUGCUGGCAAGAUUGGCUUAUAUUUUCGGACUUGUUCUUUUUCCUCAUGAAAAGUGGAUGUAUCGACUUUCUUGAUUUUGUUCACAAACUCUCCUCCCGCGUCAAUAUGGGUAAUCAACAAGUAUUACGGAGUAAUCAUGUGACAUGGCUUCUUGCACAGAUCAUUCGUAUUGAGAUUGUGACGAGCACCUUAAACUCAGACCCAAAGAAGGUUGAAACUACCAGAAAACUCAUUUCCUUUCAUAGGGAAGACAAAAAUACGGAUGGAAAUAAUGUCAGUCCUCAAAGUAUUCUCCUGGAUUUUAUAAGUAGCAGCCAAACAUUGCGAAUUUGGUCUUUCAACUCAUCAAUUAGAGAGUAUCUGAAUAGUGAACAGCUUCAGAAAGGAAAGCAAAUAGAUGAAUGGUGGAAGCAAGCGACUAAAGGAGAGAGGACAAUGGAUUUCAUGAACUUAGAUGAUAGGUCGAUGGGUAUGUUCUGGGUUCUCUCAUUUACCAUGGCACAACCAGCUUGUGCAGCAGUUAUGAACUGGUUUACCUCAGCUGGAGUUACAGAAAUCCAUCAAGGGCCAAAUGUGCAGACCAAUGAUAGAAUGAUGAUGAUGCGUGAAACUUGCCCACUUUCUGUGUCCUUACUUUCUGGAUUAUCAGUCAACUUAUGUUUGAAACUUGCCUAUCAACUUGAAGAAGUAAUAUUUCUUGGGCAGGUUAUUCCUAGCAUUGCAAUGGUUGAAACGUAUGUUCGGUUGCUGUUGAUCUCACCUCACUCAUUAUUUCGUCCACAUUUCACGACACUGAUCUCAAGAUCUGCAUCGCUGUUCAGCAAAACAAAUGUUUUGAUAUUGCUCUUAGAAAUAUUGAACUACCGAUUACUUCCUAUAUACAGGUACCAUGGGAAACAUAAGGCAUUGAUGUAUGAUGUUACCAAAAUUAUUUCUAUGCUUAAGGGUAAACGUGGAGAUCAUCGUGCUUUUAGAUUGGCUGAAAACUUAUGCAUGAAUCUUUUGUUGUCAUUAAGGGAUUUUUUUAUGGUGAAGAAGGAACUAAAGGGACCAACUGAAUUCACCGAAACAAUUAACAGAAUAACAAUAAUUAGCCUUGCAAUCACCAUCAAAACUCGUGGCAUUGCCGAAGUUGAGCAUAUGCUUUACCUCCAGCCUUUGCUAGACCAAAUAAUAGUAACCAGUCAGCAUACAUGGUCGGACAAGACAGUGAGAUACUUCCCUCAGCUUAUUCGAGAUGCCUUAGUAGGAAGGCAGGACAAGAGAAUUCAGGCUAUCCAAGCAUGGCAACAGGCUGAGACGACAGUGAUUAAUCAGUGCACUCAACUUCUUUCACCCUCAGCUGAUCCGACUUAUGUUAUGACUUAUCUUAGCCAUAGUUUUCCGCAACAUCGCCAAUAUCUGUGUGCUGGUGCUUGGACGCUUAUGAAUGGGCAUCCUGAGAGCAUUAAUAGUGCAAAUCUCGGGCGUGUCUUGAGAGAAUUUUCACCUGAAGAAGUGACAUCUAAUCUAUACACUAUGGUGGAUGUCCUUCUUCAUCAAAUUCAGAUUGAACAACAACGGGGACAUAUUGUGAAGGACCUUCAGUCAAAAGUGAUUGCCAACCUUGCUUUUUUCAUUUGGACGCAUGAGCUGCUUCCAUUAGAUAUUCUGCUUUUAGCUCUAAUUGACAGAGACGACGAUCCUUAUGCUUUGCGCAUUGUGAUAAGUUUGCUUGACCGAGCAGAGCUUCAACAAAGGAUUAGUCUGUUCUGUGCAAAUCGUAGUUCUCCUGAGUAUUGGCUUAAUGACCAAGUGCCAAAGAGAGUGGAUCUUCAAAAAGCUCUUGGAAAUCAUCUUUCAUGGAAGGAACGGCAUCCCCCUUUCUUUGAUGAUAUUGCUGCACGUCUGAUCCCAGUAAUUCCACUCAUUAUAUAUAGGCUAAUUGAGAAUGAUGCCACUGAUAUUGCUGACAGAGUUCUUGCACUUUACAAUUCAAUUCUGGCAUUCCAUCCAUUCAGAUUUACAUUUGUUAGGGAUAUACUGGCAUACUUCUAUGGUCAUCUUCCAAGCAAUCUCAUUGUACGAAUAAUUAAAGUUCUUGAUAUUUCUAAGAUUCCCCUCUCGGAGUCAUUUCCUCAGUAUCUUAAUCCAUCCAAUCCUGCCACUCCUUCAACCGACUACUAUGCCUCUCUUUUGUUACGUCUUGUGAAUGAUGUUAUACCUCCUUUGUGUGGUAAGUCUAAAUCAGAGACCACAGGGGACCCUUCUGGAAAUUCUUUACGUCCAACAUACAGUAAAUCUCAAGCAUCAUCCCAGUCUGGUGGAAAUAACAGUUCUGAUGGUCAAAGAACAUUCUAUCAAAACCAAGAUCCUGGAACAUACACACAAGUUGUCUUGGAAACGGCAGUCAUAGAGAUCCUUUCACUUCCAGUAACUUCAUCUCAAAUUGUGUCAUCACUUGUUCAAAUUGUUGUGCAUGUGCAACCAUCACUAAUUCAAUCAAAUAACGGAUCUUGUGGAAUUGGCCAAAAUCCCGGGUUACCAACUUCUCCAUCAGGUGCUAGCACUGAAUCCUUUGGUACAAAUCGUGCAACUCCUUCAGCACCUGGAGUUCUUGCUGCUAAUUUUGUGUCAAAAAGUGGAUAUUCUUGCCAGCAAUUGUCUUGUUUGAUGAUUCAAGCAUGUGGCCUUUUGUUAGCACACCUUCCACAAGAAUUUCACAUGCAGCUCUAUUGUGAGGCAUCACGAAUAAUAAAAGAUUGUUGGUGGCUCAGUGAUCCUAAAAGGUCAAUGAAGGAACUGGACUCUGCUGUUGGCUAUGCGUUGCUGGAUCCAACAUGGGCCUCUCAAGAUAAUACAUCAACUGCCAUAGGUAAUAUUGUUGCCCUCUUGCAUGCCUUCUUUAGUAAUCUUCCUCAUGAGUGGCUUGAAUCAACGCAUACAGUCAUCAAGCAUCUUCGUCCAAUAACUUCAGUUGCAAUGAUGAGAAUAGCCUUCCGCAUAAUGGGCCCAUUGCUACCCCGUUUGGCCUUUGCCCGACCGCUCUUUAUGAAGACAUUAGCACUGCUCUUCAAUGUGUUGGCGGAUGUAUUUGGAAAGAACUCGCAACCCUCAACGGCUACCGAGGCAUCAGAAAUAACAGAUAUUAUUGAUUUCUUACAUCAUGCUGUGAUGUACGAAGGACAAGGAGGUCCUGUACAGAGCACGAGUAAGCCAAGAAUCGAGUGCCUGACUCUUUGUGGAAGAAUGGUUGAUCUCCUUCGGCCAGAUGUUGCACAUCUUUUUAUGCAUUUAACUACAGAUCCAAGCUCUUCUAUAUAUGCAGCCACACAUCCUAAACUGGUGCCAAAUCCAACCUAACAGUGCACAUUUGUGUCGCUCGCUACUGACAGACUUCUAACGAAUCAUGUAAGGUUUGUCAAAUACGCUCUGUAUAUAUGAAUUAGGAUGUAAAUGACUGUAGCAUCGUGAAAAGUUCUCGCUAAGAAUUACACGAAGCAAACAUCAUUUUAGCAAAUGAAAGAGUUGUUUUGUGUCAUCUGUUUUAUGAAUGGUAGUCCCCAGUUGGAAGAACUAGAAAAGAGGGGACUUCAAUAGAAAGCUAGGUCCAUUUUUAA